UUCUCAGCGAACUACAUAUUUCCUGUUUCGACUACCAUAAUACCAUACACUUAACACUAUCAACUGACAAGAUGGGUGCCAAAGUGCCAAGAAACUUCCGACUGCUGGAGGAGUUGGAGAAGGGAGAGAAGGGCCUUGGAGCUGAGGCAUGCUCCUACGGUCUCGCAGAAGGUGAUGAUCUGCUGAUGUCGAACUGGACUGGCACAAUCCUUGGUCCUCCCCACAGCGUUCACGAAAACCGCAUUUACUCUCUCAAGAUGCACUGCGGUGACCAGUAUCCCGAUCAGCCACCUACCAUCCAGUUCAUUAACGAGGUGAACCUCCCAUGUGUCAACCCAAGAAACGGCGUGGUCGACCCGAGCAAACUUCCAUGCCUUGCCAACUGGAGCAGAAACAACACAAUGGAGACUGUCUUGAUUGAGCUAAGAAGAUACAUGGCCCAUCCAGCGCACAAGAAACUACCCCAACCUCCUGAGGGAUCCACCUACAGUCUACAUUAAGGAUUCUUUGCGGAUUCUCUGACUUAUACUGAGAAAUGAUCUUGGUGCGGGGUGUCAGGACGAAGGAUGGUUGCCAUAACAGGGGUACAUGGCGGGAUAGUUUUAUGAUCGGAUGCAUCAGCGCGGCGAAUAGGUUCUCUAGCGGCUCUGGUGUCUUUAGUCUUUACAUGAGAGGUUCAUGAUUUUACAUUUCAAUGGUUCCAUUGCCGUCAAGACAGGAGAGCAUAUAUUGUGCAACAUCUUCCCCUUCAAAUGCAUCAACUCUCCCUCAUCGACUCUUCUUUCCUCCUCCUCCUCUCAACAUUCUUAUCGUGCCUUCUCUUCUCUCUCUCUUGCCUCCACAUCUCUUCUUCUUGUUUAUAAAUUUCGACCAUCUUUAGACCAGCCUCCUUCGCCCUCUUCCCAUCCCGAUCAAGACGUGACCAA